CUGCUGCUGCCUAGGCGGGCCGACCUGCAGGAGGCGGCGGCGGCGGCGGCGGCGCCCAAGGCCGAGGGAAGAUGGCGGACGGUGUGGACCACAUAGACAUUUACGCGGAUGUGGGCGAAGAGUUUAACCAGGAGGCGGAAUAUGGUGGACAUGAUCAGAUAGAUUUGUACGAUGAUGUCAUUUCUCCGUCUGCAAAUAAUGGCGAUGCCCCAGAAGACCGGGACUACAUGGAUACUCUUCCACCGACUGUUGGUGAUGAUGUGGGGAAAGGAGCAGCACCAAACGUUGUCUAUACGUACACUGGAAAGAGAAUUGCAUUAUAUAUUGGAAAUCUAACAUGGUGGACAACAGAUGAGGACUUAACUGAAGCAGUUCAUUCUUUGGGAGUAAAUGAUAUUUUGGAGAUAAAAUUUUUUGAGAAUCGGGCAAAUGGACAAUCAAAGGGAUUUGCCCUUGUUGGUGUUGGAUCUGAAGCAUCUUCCAAAAAGUUAAUGGAUCUGUUGCCUAAAAGAGAACUUCAUGGUCAGAAUCCUGUCGUGACUCCGUGCAAUAAGCAGUUCCUGAGUCAAUUUGAGAUGCAGUCCAGGAAAACUACACAAUCAGGACAAAUGUCUGGGGAAGGUAAAGCUGGUCCUCCAGGAGGCAGUUCACGUGCAGCAUUUCCACAAGGUGGUAGAGGACGGGGCCGUUUUCCAGGGGCUGUUCCCGGUGGGGACAGAUUUCCUGGGCCAGCAGGACCAGGAGGGCCACCUCCACCUUUCCCAGGAAAUUUGAUCAAGCAUCUUGUUAAAGGAACUCGACCUUUGUUCCUGGAAACUAGGAUUCCAUGGCAUAUGGGGCACAGCAUAGAGGAAAUACCCAUUUUUGGCCUAAAAGCCGGACAGACUCCACCACGUCCACCAUUGGGUCCUCCAGGCCCACCUGGUCCACCAGGUCCUCCACCUCCUGGUCAGGUCCUGCCACCUCCUCUGGCAGGACCUCCCAAUCGAGGAGACCGCCCUCCACCACCAGUUCUUUUUCCUGGACAACCUUUUGGGCAACCUCCGUUGGGUCCACUUCCUCCUGGGCCGCCGCCUCCAGUUCCAGGCUACGGCCCUCCUCCUGGCCCACCGCCUCCACAGCAGGGACCGCCUCCACCUCCAGGCCCCUUUCCACCUCGACCACCAGGUCCACUUGGGCCUCCCCUCACACUUGCUCCUCCUCCACACCUUCCGGGACCACCUCCAGGUGCCCCACCACCAGCUCCACAUGUGAAUCCUGCUUUUUUCCCUCCACCAACUAAUAGUGGCAUGCCAACGUCAGAUAGUCGUGGGCCACCGCCCACAGACCCCUAUGGCCGACCUCCACCGUACGAUAGGGGUGACUAUGGUCCUCCUGGGAGGGAAAUGGACGCUGCAAGAACUCCAUUGAGUGAAGCUGAGUUUGAAGAAAUCAUGAAUAGAAAUCGGGCCAUCUCAAGCAGUGCUAUUUCAAGAGCUGUGUCUGAUGCCAGUGCUGGUGAUUAUGGGAGUGCUAUUGAAACAUUGGUAACAGCAAUUUCUUUAAUUAAACAGUCCAAAGUAUCUGCAGAUGAUCGUUGCAAAGUUCUUAUUAGUUCUUUGCAAGAUUGCCUUCAUGGAAUUGAGUCCAAGUCCUAUGGCUCUGGAUCAAGAAGACGUGAACGAUCAAGAGAAAGGGACCAUAGUAGAUCACGGGAAAAGAGUCGGCGUCAUAAAUCUCGGAGUAGAGAUCGUCAUGAUGAUUAUUACAGAGAGAGAAGCAGAGAGAGGGAGAGACACAGGGAUCGGGAUAGGGACCGUGACCGGGAGCGUGACCGAGAGCGAGAAUACCGUCAUCGUUAGAAGUAACUAUACCUACAUUUUAAGUGGUCCAAGUACUUGUUCUGAUUUAAUCUUCUGAAAACAUCUGAAAGCAGGUAAGCCAUCACAGGUAAAAAUUCUUGACCUUUUUUCCUUGAAUUCUGCAAGUGUUCUGUGACUUAGAUUUCAGAUUGUUUAUGGUCUUAAAGCAAAAAAAAAAAAUCAAGAGGACUCAUUGUGUACUUCUAAAAUUUAAAAAUUUGAAUUCUUGUAAUCACAUUUAUUGUUUGCAUAUGAUUUAAAAUAUUUAUAAAACAACAGGGAAUUGUUUCCGAUAUGAAUAUUAUGUGCUUGGAUUUUUAAAAAUAAAGUUUCUAUUCUCCCUUGAACUAACUUCAUUUGUCCCUGAAACUUUUUAAGAACAUCUAAGUUUAUAGUUUAUAAUACAAAAAGAUGUUUCCCAUUAAAAAAAUUACUUUUUAGAAAAAAAUUUCUGGCAUUUGAUUUUUUUCUUUUUUAAGGAGCAUUAUCUUUUUAAUUGCACAGAAGGUAUAAAGUGGGUUCAGGGUACAUAAUCUAAAAGCGUUAAAUUGUGCUAAGCCAUUCAUCCCAAGUUAGAAAUAACUGGAAAUAAUUUUCCUUGUUUCAUUCAUAAGCCAUAAUCAUUGUCUUUUUUCUGUAUUUUAAAAUUUUGUGUACUUUUCCAUAAAGUAGAAUGAGUUGUCUGUUUAUGCUUCAUUUUUACAUGUAAUUUUAUUUUAUAUCUGUGAACAGUGUUUCAUGAAGAAUGGGGAAAGAGCACUGUGAAUCUUGCAUGUGACAGGUUAUUCUAUUAACACCUUUGUUCCAUAUAUUGAUGGCAUAAAUGAGUUAGAUAAGGCUUAAAACAAAUCCUCUAUAUGUAAAUAUUUCAAAAAAAGUUACUGGUAAUCCAGUCCUGAAAAUUGUUAAUAUUUAAAUUGUAAUUGGCUUUAUCGUGUAUAUAAUUUGUGACAGCAGUUUCUUUAAUCACCUCUCUCUUUCUCUUACACACACACGUGCACACACACACACACACACACGAGAAAAAAAGAUGUCUGUCUAAUUUUUAUGAAACAUAGGAGUUAACCACUCUUGCUGUUUCAGGGCUUUUUGAAAUGAGAAAGAUGAUUUAAUACUUUGUCUUACAUUUUGAAUAUGCCCUUGAAUAUUUAUUAAGACCUUUUUAUUAUGUCCUAUUAAAAUUUUUAAUUCUCAAAACAUUUACCUACUAGUUUUAAAAUUUCUAAAGUUGGUGAUGUUUGAAUAUAAAAAUUGAACAUUGUACCAUAUAAAACUAAACUAAAUUUUAAGUGAAGUUUUUUAUUCCUAGUAAAAAUCCCUUAUGAUAAAUUCUGACUAGGUUUUUAUUUGAAAUGUCUAAUUCUCUGUCAUUUGAUAAGGUACAGGUUCUACAUGUUGUAUUUUAUAAUUAUUUACUUUAGACUUUGCAGUUUAUCAACUAUCUGACAGUUACCAAAGAUAAUGACAGUGAAACUUGGAUACAUUUUAAUUUAUUCAGUGUGCCCAUCAAGGGUCCUCUAAACCAGUUCAUAUGUAGUUAAUAAGUAGCCGUUUUCUCAUGGGUCUUUAUAAAAUUAAUUCAGUAAAGCAGGUUAUGUUCCUUUUGAAAAUUUCAUUGUUAAUUUUUACAUACUUUGGAUAUAUACUCCAGUCAAGUGUAUACACCUAAAUAUAUCAUGAUUUGAGUUCCAUGUCUUUCAGACAUGGACUACAAUUUCCUAGUGUCAAUCUGUUGAUGUUUUUUGCAAUCAGUGAUGUACCAUAUCCCAAAUCCCAUGUUUUGUUUGUACAUUAAUCAGAAUUGAGUUGUAAUAUUGUUGUGUGCCUUCAUCCAAGCAAAAUUUUACAAAAGCCUUCCCAAUGAGGAGUGGGGGGAGAUGUUUUCUUGGAUAAUUGUACCUUUGCUAUAUGCCAAGCAAUAUUUAUUGUAAGUAGAUGUAAGUGGGUGGGGCCUGGGAUUAAAUAUAUAUAUUCAAGUGCAAACGUUUUUGCAAAUUUUACUACUUUAUAAGGUCUGUUGACCUCUUUAGAAGUUUUUGAAUAUGAGUCCUUUUGAACUUUCAUGUAAAUCUUAAAUGGAUUAGAAGUGCUUCAACAAUAAAGUAAAUAUCAGUCUUUGUAUAAGUUAAUAAUGUAAUACACUAUCAAGUGUUGAGGUGGGCAAAGGGCAGGUUCUGGAAACUUGAUGUUGGUUGGCAGCUGUUACUGUCUGUCCCAUUCUAAGUUUUUUUUGUGUUUGAAAUGUUGGGUAAUGUUAAUUACAUUCUCAUUUGAAAACUGUAUUAGUUUUUCUAAAAGCAUUUCAUAUCCAAGUUAAAAUAGGUAAUAAUACUUCAAUGAGAAAAAUAAGCUUUGUAAAUUUCAAUGUGUAAAUGCAUUGUGCUUCAUAUUCUGUAAUUUUUGCCUUUAUUCUCAGACCACUCUGAGCAAAAUAAAAGGUGUAAGAUUGUGUUCAUAAAGAAAUGUUACAGUUAACAGUUGAGUUCCUUAGAUUGUGUUCACCUGACUGCUUGUUUAGAACAGCUCUGCUCAGCUCAGAAGUUUCUGUUAACAACUGAGUUUGUGUACUGGAGAAUAAUGAAAGCAAAUUGUUUUUGUGUACUGGAGAAUAAUGAAAGCAAAUUCUUUUUCGAGAUGUUUUUUUAUUCAGGCUUCUCUUUCUAGUUUAUGAAAUUUACAUUUUCUCAAGUGAUUAUAUUCUUUACUAAGUACUGUGUUUGGAGUCUGGGUUUAGUAAUUGUAAGAGUGUGGCCAUGUGAUUACUUCUGACGUGAAUGUCAUGAACUUGAAUUUAAUUAAUUACUUUAGAAUACUUUGUAUUACUUACUUAGGUUACUAUAGCUUUGUGUUAAUUUGGAGGGAAAGCCCAAAUUAAGAUGUUUCAUCUCCUUAGGAGUGUUAUGUUGAGGCUUUUGUGAAAAUUCUUUUCAUUGCUUGAUGAGCAAUAACUGACUGUUAACAAGAUCUUAAUUAUUUCUACAACUCCUAGGUCAUUUGUUACUGCCUAGUAUUCCUUCCCAGCUUUGUGUCCAUCUGUCUGAAUUGCUGUGCUUUAUCUUGCUGUGCUGGUUCUCAUUUCUCCUCUUAUUUCUGAUAUUUUUAGUAUUUGAAAAAUCUGUCUGAUUAUACAGUGUCUUAAUUGAAGUGACAAGAAAGGGUAGGAAGUGAUCCCUUGGAUGUAUUUUUGCUCACUGUGGUUUAAGAAUAUAGUUUUGUUUAUAAAUAAUUGAUGUUUUUCUGUCUUAAAAAAUUUGAAUGCCAAUGUGAGUCACCUUGCUCUUCUCACCUUCAUCUCAGUGUGAAAUUUCCUACCAUUGUUUAGUUUGUAUAUUGGAUUGUUUUGAAUAAGUAUCUUUAUUUUUUUAAUGAAUAUUCAGUUAGCAUUGUUUAAAGGAAGCUUACUAACCAGUAAGAGAAGAGUGUCAUUCAUGUUAAUCCAAAUUAAUGUUCUUGCUUUCUGUGGUUAGAAAGUUCUAUCUACCUCUUGAUGUAGGUGAAUUGUAAGUAACAAAGGGUGAUUCUUUUUGAUACAAAGUCUAUUUCUUUUUCUUUUUUGUGAUGGAGUUUAUUUCUACCAUGGAGUCAGUUGCAUAGAACACCUAAUUGUGUAUUUUGUAGAGUAAUAAAUGCUUUAGUUGAAGGGGUAAGUAUGAUGUUUAGACAAAAACAGGAUAACAUAAACUCUUGGUAGCUAGAAACUUUUUGUGAGAACCAGCAAUAAACAGCAUUGCUUUUUAUGUACUGUGUUCUAGUCCAUAUAAGAAGACACUUAGGAAUUAAUGUAAGUUUAGAUGCUUCUGUUGCCUACUUCGUCCUCAGUCCUCAUUCUCCUCAGGAGAAACUUUUGGAUAUAGAAGGUUAAUUUUAUUUAUUUAAAGGCAUUGAAUUUCUAAAAUUAUGUGAGAAUCCUUUUUGAUUCAGCACAUUAAUUUGAAAACCUGUAAGAGCUGGGUGUGGUAUUGCACACCUUGACCUCAACCAACAGCUAGAGACUGCAGGAACAUACUGUGAGCUCCAGGCCAGCCUGGUUUACAUGUGGAGUUUCAGGCUUGCCAGGCCUCUAUACUAAGAUUCUGUUUCAGAAAUAAAUACAAACAUGCAGUAUAUAGGGAGAAUCCUAUAAAAUAGUCAAAUGCUUUACUUUAAAAGAUGAAUUUUUUCUUGAAUUUUAAAAUACAAAUAAUGCCAAGUUUGCAUAUAGGUGAUGAACACUCAAUUUGAGUUGUUAAUAAUAGUUUGAUGUCAUACCGAAAUAUAGGUAUUUCGCUCUGUAUUAAAAUUAUACUGCUUCUUUAGCUUGCAGAUUUUGAAGCUGUAGUUUCACUGUCUUGGUUCAUUUAACAGCUGUUUACAUAGGUUCCCUUUUAUAAUUGACAGCUAGAGCAAGUAAUUGUGUGACUUUGACAGUACAGAAUUGAUUAAAUGCUAUUUUGAAUAUAUGGGUAUUGAAUGUAUUUGUCACUUUUAAGCUUUUUGAUAUCUUUGUUUAUGCAGAUGUCUAUUUAAAAUAGACUUUGAGAUUAUAAUAUGGAGUUGAGUUAUUGGAAAUGGGUUGUAUUGCCUUCAGAGUUUUCUUCCGUUUGAGAUUGUAAUAUUUGUGUUUAUGUAAAGUGUUUAGAAAGUAGAAAUAAAGGUUUCUAGAAUAUUCCCUAAAUUUUAUGUCUGUAUGGUAAAAUUUUAAGAUUUAUUAAUUAGUGAAGACUUACAUAAAGAUAUGUAGCAAAAGAUGAGUUCAUUAGUCCUGCAUAAAGAUGUGUAUUG